AUGGGUCAACAACUUAGUCUCUACUCUCAGUGGUUCCCUCCUACGUCUCGUUUCUCCGUGGAUGAUAUUCCUGAUCUCACCUCGCGCGUGAUGAUUGUGACCGGGGGAAAUACAGGGAUUGGGAAGGAAACGGUCCGCGCGCUUUUGGCGCACAACGCAACCGUUUACCUUGCAGCUCGCUCACAGGACCGAGCAGAAGCAGCUAUCGACGAGCUCGAGACUGACACUGGCAAGAGAGCGAUUUUUUUGGAAUUGGACUUAGCGGAAAAGGCCAGUAUUAGAAGGGCGGCCAAAGAAUUCUUGAGCAAGGAGAAAGAAUUGCAUGUGCUCUUCAAUAACGGCGGGGUGAUGUGGCCACCAAAAGACCAACUCACCAAAGACGACUACGAUCUCCAAUGGGGAGUCAAUAUGGUUGCGCCAUUCCUGCUCACGAAGCUUCUCAUGCCAGCUUUGAUUGCUGGCAUUCGGUCCUCCUACGAUGGCAAGGCUCGCGUUGUCACCACGUCAUCCAUGGGCGCAUACUUUGAUGUCAUUCACUGGAACACAUUCCGUCCUGGACCUGAUCGCGACAAGCUGAGUAUUGAGUCACUGUAUUAUCAGAGUAAACACGCCGUUGUCAUUUUCGCUCGAGAGCUGGCGCGGCGUUACGGUCACUUGGGGAUCAUCGCUACGUCCUGUAACCCAGGCAAUCUCGACACUGAACUUCUGAGACACACAAGUCCUAUUGUGCGAUUCCUGACGCGGCCCUUGCUUUACCCUGUAUCCUACGGCGCACUGACGCAACUUUGGGCUGGGACAUCAGAUGAGACUGUUGACUACAACGGGAAAUUUUUGAUUCCGUGGGCCAGACUUGGAGAGUGUCGACCUGAGACCAGAGAUCCCGAGAUUGGUGUGCGCCUUUGGGAGUGGCUGGAAGGAGAGACCUCUGACUGA